UUGUACACCGUCAAAAUGGACAAAGGAAUGCUCAGUUUGACCGCGGCGCUGCUGCUGUCGGCGAUGUGCGCUGUGGAGGGGCAGAGCGCCGCGAGCGGGGCGGCGGCGGCGGGGGGCAGGGGCUUUGGAGGACCAGCCUCGGCGGCGGCAGCGGCAGCUGCCGGAGGCGGAUAUGGCGGACCCGGGUAUGGCGGACCCGGAUAUGGCGGAGGCGGAUAUCGUCCUCAGUAUGUUUAUAAUCCGGUUCCUAACACGUACCUCCUUCCCGGUGGACGGUCCUCCUCGAGCUACGUGAACGCAGCGAAGAAGAUAAAAAGUGCCAGUGGAGUGGGCAUCUUCGACGAUCUUUUAAAUCACCUUAUCGAUGCCAAAUUACUUAACAAUAACAAUGGGUAACUUGAUCCUUAUAUGGGUAUUGGGUUGUAACUUGUAACCCAUUGAACUAGAUAUACAUUUUUGUUGCGGGCACGUUAUCAUUAAUGCUAGGUUUUACAUGGCGAUGAAAUACAUCAAAUUCUUUUAAGUUAAAUUAUAUAUAUUUUUAUUU